UUUAAUAUUUUGUAAACAUAAUAACUAAUGGUAAAAUGAAUGCCUAUAAAAAUAGCAAAGUGAAUACCCAGAGAGAGCUCAGCCUUUAGCCAAUGAAGAAGUAGAACCCUAAAUUCUCGAACUUGCAUAAUAAGCAGCAGCCUUAAAAUAAGUAAUACUUAUUAAUAUCAAUAGUUAAAAAAAGGAGCCAAUGAAACAACUAAAACUUUAAAUCGAGGUAUUGCAGAAUUAGUUAUAAUUGCUGCUGAUACAACUCCAUUAGAAAUUGUUCUUCAUUUACCAUUAUUGUGUGAAGACAAGGUAUUUCAAAUAUUGACCCAUAUUAGAAUGUCCCAUAUGUAUUUGUCAAAAGUAAAGUAGACUUAGGCAGAAUGUGUGGUACUAGCAGAAAUGUUGUUGCUUGCUCUAUUAUCAAGGAUAAAAACUCAAGAAUUAAUUAAAAUAUUACCUUCCUUAAAGAUUUGUGUGAAAGGCUCCAAAUAAAUUAAGAAGCAUGAUCAAUAUAUAAUUUGUGAUGUAC